AUGGACGGUCCGCCAACGGGCCUUGACAUCAUAUCGGCGCCUCCGACGCAUUCGCAUAGAGCAGCGAUGGCAGCGUUACAAUACCUGCGGUCAGAUGGCAUCCGAGCCAAGAAACAGGCCCCAUCAUGGAUGUUCAGACAACUAUCGAUAGCCGUCGUGGCACUGUCACUGGGUACAUCUCGCACCGCUACAGCAUCAUCCACACAAGUAUCGGCUAAGCCUAUCCAACGUAGAGCAGCCGGCGAUUCGGCAUUCGACUACAUUGUCGUUGGAUCAGGUCCUGGAGGUGUCACAGUCGCCGACAAGCUUUCAGAAAGCGGUGCAUCAGUACUGUUGAUUGAGAAGGGUCAGGCAACGACAGGUCAAUGGAAUGGCAACAACAGACCUCAAUGGCUUGACAACACAGGCUUGACCUUUUACGAUGUUCCUGCUCUCGACAACAUGAUCUGGACCAAGGGAGGAGAUUUCACUGAUGACAUCUUCUGUAACGACAUUGUUGGCGGUAUCUCGGGCUGUGUUCUUGGUGGAAGUGGUGCAAUCAACGCUGGUCUCUGGUGGAAGCCUUCAUCCUGGGAUUGGGACACCUUGUUCCCUGCGAAGUGGAGCAGCGCCAACAUGGCCAACGUUACUGAUCGCGUCUUCUCGCGCCUGCCUGGCACUGAGGUUCCCUCGCAAGACGGAAAGCUUUAUUAUCAACAGGGUGCUGAUAUCAUCGAGGGUGCCUUGAGUGCCGCCAACUGGACCGAAGUCAGUGCCAACUGCGCCCCCGAUCAGAAGGACAGAGUCUACUCCAACACCACUUUCAUGUACCAGAACGGUGAACGCAGCGGACCCAUGUCUGUGUACCUUGGUUCUGCCUACGCUCGUCCCAACUUCUCACUUUACACAAACGCCAUUGUCGACAGAGUCAUCAGAGAAGGCUCAAAGAUUACCGGAGUCGAAGUCUCGAACACAUCCCCCGAUGGCUUCAGAGGCACCGUCAAGGCAAACAAGGCCGUUGUUCUUUCUGGUGGUGCAUUCGGUACUCCCAAGGUUCUGAUGAGAAGUGGUAUUGGCCCAAGAGAUCAACUCGAGACUGUUCGCAACGCCGAAGGCUCGAAGAUGAUCAGCGAGGACCAGUGGAUUGACUUGCCUGUCGGCUAUAACCUGAUGGACAACAUCAACACCGAUAUCGUCAUCUCGCACCCCGACGUUGUUUACUACGAUUUCCCUGGUCUCUGGAACAAUCCUAACCAAGGUGACGUGGAUGCUUACCUCAAUGGUCGCACUGGAAUGCUCACACAGUCAUCUUCCAACCUCAAUCCCAUGAUCUGGGAGAUGCUGAAUGGCACCAAUGGUCUUCAGGGCUUGCAGUGGACUGCUCGUGUGGACACUUCCCUCGACAUCAACAACGACGCCAAGCACAACAUGGUUCUCGCUCAGUACAUCACUAUUGGCCAGGCUGCCAGAGGUCGCACCACCAUCACUUCUGACCUCAAGAUGAACGUCUCGACCGGUGUGUCCGUCAUGGAACACGAAUCCGACCAGGUUGCCAUUGCUCAGGGUAUCGAAGAUAUGGUCAACGUGCUCAAGAACGUGCCCGGUCUUGAGAUCCUCUCGCCUCCCUCUGGCAUGUCUGCUUUGGACUACGUCAAGUCGACUACUCACUUGUACGUCAACCACUGGUUGGGCAGCUGCAAGAUGGGCAACGAUGACGGUCGUACUGAGAACGGUACUUCGGUCGUUGAUGCAGACUCCAAGGUCUACGGUACCGACAACCUUUUCAUUGCCGAUGGUUCAAUCUUCCCUGGUCAGACGACCUCGAACCCCCAGGCCGCCAUUACCAUUGUUGGUGAGCGUGUUGCAGAGCUCAUUCUUGCACUCAACAAAUAA